CCAACUUUUUUCUUUUUCUACCCUUAGUACUUUUAUCCAGAAGCCUCUUAGCCGACUACUCCUUCGCUACUGAGCCCCACACCCUCCUAGCCAGCUCUUCAUACACACACACAAGCCAUGUCCGCUACACCCGUCCAGCAGUGCGAUUACACUGACAACGUGUACUCUGGCAAGCAGGACCACCGCGCCCAGGUCUGCAUCCUCGUCGAGAAGGAGGGCCUAAUCCCCAAGCACCUGAUCGACUCCGAGGUCGGCUGGUUCUACGACAUCCUGGGCAUCGACGACAUGUACUUCAUGCUCGAGGACCCGGCGGCAGUCGCGGGCCACAUCACCGCCCUGUACGGCGCCCAGCUGUCCAACUCGACCCGCCCCGGCGACAUCGGCAUCCACUUUGAGAACCGCCACGAGCGCGGCGCCGUCUUCAUCCACAACUCGACCCCCGGCAUCUCCAAGACCGAGGGCCCCAACUACGAAAAGAUGAUUGAUGCCGAGUACCUCGAUGUCAGCGUGCCCCAGAGCGCCUAUCGUCUCGAGUCGUACCGCUCGCGCGGCAAGGUCUCCAAGAGCCUUGAUGCCUCGCUGCGUGCCUAUUUUGUCAACCAGUGCGACUUUGUCAACCCCGAUCCGAAGGGCGACGAGAUCCACGACAUCAAGCAGACCUCGGACCGCACCUUCUUGGCCAAGGCCACGCCUGCGGUGCUUGACCUGUACAGCAGCGUGAUCAGCAAGGUCCUGGACCGCACUGGCCCCGUGAUCACCCAGACCACCCUGCCCAGCGGCGAGCACCGUCUGGUCAUCGGCUACCGCCAGCGCAGCACCCAGGGCUACUUUGCCGGUCUGUCUGACCUGUACCACUACUACCACAUGUACUCGUCGCGCAAGUACGUCGAGCAGUUCUCGUGCGGCGUCACCGUCAUUAGCCUGUACCUGGACACGUCCAAGCAUGCCAAGCCGCAGGGCUCGUCGCCGGUGCUGUCGGCUGCCAACGGCACCGCGUCGAUCGACGACUCGAUCCGCCAGAUCAUGAAGGAGGCCAGUCUGGUGUACUGCAUUCCGAGCACCCCGUUCCAGACCCUGUUCCGCACCGGUGUGCUGUCUGUGCAGGAGGCCGUGUACGGAUACACGUGCUGGAUCUUUGCCCAGCACUUCCUCAACCGCCUUGGCAGCGAGUACGCGACGCUGGUCGAGAUCCUGGACCCGAGCGAUGCCACCGACAUGGAGGUGCUGGCCAAGCUGAAGAAGCGCCUGCGCCAGGAGACCUUCACCCGCGAGCUGAUCCUCGACAUCAUGCUGCGCUACCCCGAGCUGCUCAAGGACCUGUACAAGGACUUUGCCAGCGAGCACUACAUCCACUCGGAGCUGCCGAGCUAUGUGGGCAAGCUGGCCGAUCGCCUGAACGACGAGCUGCGCGUGUCGCUGUCGGAGCAGCGUCUGCAGGACAAGGCCCCGCUGGCCAAGGAGGAUCUGCUGGCCAAGAUUACGCGCACCACGACCAACGAGAACGAGGCCAUGGUGCUGCGCUCGAUGCUCGACUUCAACAAGCACGUGCUCAAGACCAACUUUUACCAGCCGACCAAGGUCGCUCUGUCGUUCCGCAUGGACCCGGGCUUCCUGCCGGUGAUCGAGUACCCGGCCAAGCCCUUUGGCAUCUUCCUUGUGGUCGGCAACGAGUUCCGCGGCUUCCACGUGCGCUUCCAGGAUGUUGCCCGCGGCGGCAUCCGCAUUGUGCGCUCGCGCAACCCCGAGGCCUUCUCGAUCAACCAGCGCACGCUGUUCGACGAGAACUACUCGCUGGCCUCGACCCAGCACCGCAAGAACAAGGACAUUCCCGAGGGCGGCUCGAAGGGCACCAUCCUGCUCAACAUGGACUCGCAGGACCGUCCGUUUGUUGCCUUUGAGAAGUACGUCGAUGCCAUUCUCGACCUGCUGCUGACCGGUCAGUCGCCGGGCAUCAAGGACCGCCUGGUUGACCGCCUGGGCCGCGAGGAGAUCCUGUUCUUCGGCCCCGAUGAGGGCACUGCCGGAUACAUGGACUGGGCCAGCCAGCACGCACGCAAGCGCGGAGCUCCGUUCUGGAAGGCGUUCACCACGGGCAAGAGCCAGACCAUGGGCGGCAUCCCGCACGACGUGUACGGCAUGACUACGCGCUCGGUGCACCAGUACGUGCUGGGCAUCAUCCGCCAGCUCGGCCUCGACGAGUCGGUCUGCACCAAGUUCCAGACCGGUGGUCCGGACGGUGACCUGGGCUCGAACGAGAUCAAGAUCAGCCACGACCGCACCACGGCGGUGGUCGAUGGCAGCGGCGUGCUGUACGACCCGCGCGGCAUCGACCGCACUGAGCUGACCCGCCUGGCCAACGAGCGCAAGAUGAUCCAGCACUUUGAUGUGUCGAAGCUGAGUCCCGAGGGCUUCCGUGUGCUGGUCGACGAGUACCAGGUCACGCUGCCCGACGGCACGCUGGUGCAGGACGGUCUGUCGUUCCGCAACGGCUUCCACCUGAACAAGCUGGCUGCGGCUGACUUCUUCGUGCCCUGCGGUGGCCGCCCCGAGUCGAUCGACAUCAACAACGUCCACAGCCUGUUUGAUGCCGAGGGCAACGCGCGCUUCAAGUAUGUGGUCGAGGGCGCCAACCUGUUCUUCACCCAGGAUGCCCGUCUGCGCCUGGAGAAGGCCGGUGUGCAUCUGUUCAAGGAUGCGUCUGCCAACAAGGGCGGUGUCACUUCGUCGUCGCUCGAGGUGCUGGCGGCGCUGGCCCUGACGGACGAGGAGCACGGCCGUCUGAUGUGCGAGCAGCCCGACGGCUCGCUGCCCGAGUUCUACCAGCAGUACGUGGCCGACGUGCAGCGCGCGAUCGAGGCCAAUGCCGCCCGCGAGUUCGAGUGCCUGUGGAACGAGGCCAAGCGCACUGGCAAGCCCAAGAGCGUGCUGUCUGACGAGCUGUCGGUGGCCAUUGUCGACCUGCGCAAGAACCUCGAGAGCACCAACCUGUGGGACAACGAGUCGCUGCGCCGCCUGAUCAUGCGCAAGGCCCUGCCCGCCAAGCUGCUCGAGAGCCUGGAUCUCGACACCAUCCUGGGGCGCGUGCCGGUCAACUACCUCAAGGCCAUCUUUGGCGCCUACCUGGCCUCGCACUUUGUCUACGAGUACGGCGCCGUGCCCAGCCAGUUCGCCUUCUUCGAGUUCAUGUCCAAGUUCUACGCUCAGGCCGAGACCUCUGCGUAAUCAAUUUCUGCUCUUUGUAACUAAUUCCAACAAUCUUAUUCUUGCUCUACCGCAUCUUCAAGUAAAAGUACAGCAGCGUCAAUACGCCGAGCCCAAACAGCGUGAUGUAGAAGAAUGGCCCGCAGCCCUGCCUGGCCCACAUUUCGUAGAACCGCUUCAUUGUGGCCUGGAGCCGCCCGCCCAUGCCCUCCAUGUCCUGCCCCAUCGUCUCCAGGAACUUGUUUUGGUCCCGGAUCUCGUCGCCAAUGCUGAUGCUGACCUCCUUGAGCAUCGAUAUCUUGCUCCUCAGCCGGUGGUCCUUUGCUGUUCGGGUCCUGCUCUUCGUCCUCAACCUGGCCUGCAUUGCCGCUGUGCCCGUUGCCGCUGUAGAGGCCAUUGCGCUGUGAUGUC